UCAGCAGGCGGAGUCCGAUCGGGAAAGCGGUGCGAGCUCGCCGGAGGGCGGGACGGCUCGCGCGCAGCCCGAGCCGCGCUCGCCGUCCCCCCGCGCCCGCACGCCGCACCACCAGCCUCACCUGAAUGGCUCCAUGGCGUCUAUGUUCCAAAACCUUCAAAAUCUCGCGAACAUGCAGCAGAACAUGCCGCCCAUGUCGCAGCAACUGCAACAGCAGAUGUCACAGCAAAUGUCACAAUUGGCAGCGAACCUACAAGGCCUAACGUCGAUGCCUUCCAAUCCGGUCAUCAAUUCCCCACUCAACUUGAGUGUGAGCGCGCCAGGGAUGGGAUCCCCAAAUCCCGUAGGUAACAGCAAUAUGCUUCCACCAGCGAUGCCGUCCCCGAUGCCUCAACUCAUAUUGGCGUCUGGACAGUUGGUACAAGGAAUCCAAGGAGCCCAACUCCUUAUACCUACUUCGCAAGGAAUUGCAACACAGACCAUUCUAACGAUACCGGUCAACCACGUGAAUUCAAACGACCAGAUGGUAAAUCUCGCACUGAAUAACGGUCAAGUUGUGUCGACGUCACUCGCCAACCUCCAAGCGAUGGCCCAACCCCAUCAGCUGCUAAACUCCAAUCCCCAACAAUCGGCAAAUAUUCGGCCAAACAUGCUAAACCAAACGCUGUCGAAUGCUUUACUAAAUCCGGGCUUGCAAAACUUCUUGUCCAACGGAGCGUCAAACGCCCAAGAGUUGUUGCAAGCUUUGCAGCAGCAGCCUCAAUCGAAUCACAACCUUCUGCAAACGGUUCAACAGAACAGUUUGCCACAGCAAAUGCAAGGCCGGAGAUCGUCUUCGCCUAGACCUGAGAGACAUUAUAAUAAGGAGCGGGAGAAUUUUGAAAGGUUCGCUGGCGGUUCGAGAGAAAGAAGUGAGAGAGAAAACUGCGGUGCAGUCGCCAUGAAUAAUAUCAACAGGCUGGCUGCAUCAAAUGGAGAGAUCACAAUCACAACAUCACAUGGCGCAAAUGCCGGCCCCGCCAGCAGCGCCGGCAGCGCCAGCUCCGGCCCUAUGCCUUCGCCACAUCCACCCGUCAAGCUGUCACCUAGCUCCGUCAAAUCACCUGUACAAGACGAAGGGGAUCUUCUUGCUGACUCACCGAAUCAACCGACUAUCAGCCAGUCAUCCAGCAACGUCGUGGACGGUAUCAACUUAGAAGAUAUAAAGGAAUUCGCCAAGGCUUUCAAACUACGUCGCCUUGGCCUUGGCCUAACACAAACUCAAGUUGGACAAGCAUUGUCCGUUACAGAAGGGCCGGCGUACAGUCAAAGUGCAAUUUGCAGAUUUGAGAAAUUGGAUAUAACACCAAAAAGUGCGCAGAAAAUCAAACCGGUGCUCGAACGUUGGAUGAAGGAAGCAGAAGAGAGGUACGCUUCGGGACAAAACCAUCUCACUGAUUUCAUCGGUAUGGAGCCAAGCAAGAAACGCAAGCGGCGAACAUCUUUUACACCACAAGCUCUCGAACUACUCAACGCACACUUCGAGAGGAACACUCACCCUUCUGGUACUGAAAUAACUGGACUUGCACAUCAACUAGGUUACGAGCGUGAGGUCAUUCGAAUAUGGUUUUGCAACAAACGUCAAGCUCUUAAGAAUACAGUCAGAAUGAUGUCCAAAGGGAUGGUCUAAAUAUUCGUUUUAAAUAGCGGCAGCUCCGAUUAUAAUUUGGCGGCAAAUUUAAACUUAGUCUAAGUACUUUUUAGAGAUGGAGCGCAUCAUUGUAUCGAUGUCGAUGGUUUUGGCUUCAAGAUCCUGCACGUAGAUUCGUGAUCUCGUCUCGAUACUCACUUUAUUGUUUGCAUUAAUAGUGUCUUACUUAGAAAGGUGUUUUUAUGUUUCCUUAAAAAAUAAUAUUUUAUAAAUAUUAUUCUGGCCUUAACGCAACCCUUUAUGCGAUUCCAGCCAACUCUAAAGGAAAGAUAAUGUUAAGCGUUUAAAUUAAUUGUAAAAUAAAAUAAAAUUUCGACUGAAAUAUUCGUCUCAACGUAGUUUACAUUGAUAUGAACGGAAUGACAUAGACUUAUAAGAAGUAGUUGUUUAUUAGUACAAAUAAUCAAAUGAGGACUUUUGAUCUACUCGGUGUGACGACUGCUCUUUAAAUUACCAAAUUAACAAACAUUUUCAAAUAGAUUUUUUAUUUAAAUUUAUUUUAAAUAAAAACAAGCAUGAGCAACUGCCAUAGAUUUUUUAUUUACUUUAAAAUUAUAAUAACUUUACAGUAUUAGGUGAUAACUCAUGGUGGGGAAAGCUGGGAUUUUUAUAGCAUUUUAAGUAAAGAAGGAGUUGAUGUAUGUUGGACUGUGGGUAUUCCUAGUAUUAUCCUUUUUUUGUAUAAAAAUAUUGCAUUUUGUAAAUAAGUACAAUACAAUUUUGGCGACAAAUCUGUAAUGUAGUUGGUACAUUAAUUUAUUGAAAUACUCUGAGUUAUUUCGUUCUAUUUAGCGAAUGUUGCACUUUAUAGUUUUAGGGAUAAUAUUGAUAUUAUGAAAGUAGAUAAUGUGUCGUCAGUCUUAGAGGCCUACUAAAAGUUUUUUAAUCUUUGGUAGGUUUUUGUUGAUAGAUAGAUAUAAAACGAUAUGUAUAGAAUAGAUAGUAAUUAAAAUACUAUCAUAAAAUGUAAAUAUUGUUUCUUUAAUUUUAUUUUCAAUACUGUAUUAUUAGUUCCAUUGAUAAUUUUUAUUUCAUAGCUUUUUAAACAAAUUUGUAGAUUCAAGUUGGAUUUGUUGGCAGUGUCAGAAAUGUUAUAUUAUUUGUUCCAUAUUCAUAUUAAAAUUUUCAAUUAAAAGAAUACAAGUAACAGGUGGUCUUGAAAUUAAUUUUACGUAAUAAAUUUAUGUCUGUGCAUAUUUUUGGGUAGUAAUAUUUACCUAAUAAAAUUGCCUCGCAUUUGGAACUGUAGAUUUUGAAAAUAUUAUACAUAUUAUAAAAAGUUUCAAAAAGACAAAUUUUGACAUUUAAGUAAUUAUUUUAGUGUGUGAUGGAGUGCCCGAAAAGUAUGCACAAAUAAAAUUAUGUAGUUACUAUAUCUAAAUUGGUCUAACGAUCAACACCUAAACAGCUCUCUUCUAAAAGUAUUUUUAUUAGGUCAUCAAGCGUAUCUAUCUUCCUUUUUCACUCAGUGCCAUUUUUCAUAUGUAUACGAUAACGUACAAAAAUAUAAAAUAUUCACUUCAAAAUUUUUAUAUACCGGUUUAUUUCAAAAAUAUGAUGUUUUUAAUCACAUGAGAUAUAUAUUUGUAAUAAGUUGAUCAUGACAAUUAUUGUAGAAUAUCAUAUUUUUUGAAGAGAGCUUUUGUUCUUAUAUUUCAAAUGAAGACCCUAAUAUAUAAUGGGUGUUCCCAUGAUUUCAAGUUUUUAUAGAUUCUAUCUUUGACAAAUAUAUAUUUGUAGUGUCGUAUGUAAAUAAUUUAGUUAGAGUGUUUUCAAUUUAAGACCUGCUGUUAACUGUAUUACCAAUAGUAAUAAGCUGUAAUGUAAGGUAUGUUAAUGACCAAUGAAAACCAACUUGUGAUCAUUAAUAUUUGUACUGUUACCUACUACUUAACAAGAGUCGUUAAAAAAAAUAAUAUUAUAAAAAUUGAACAUAUUUUUCGGCUGUUGAAAAAUUGUAAAUACAAUAUUAAGGAUAAUAAAACUAUUUGGAUUAAUAUUUAGGAACAAAAGGAAUAAAAAUAUUAUCAAAAUUUAUAUUUUCAAAAAUUAUUACAAGUGCAAAAAAAUGUAUUUAAAAUGGGAUGUUUGGCCAUAAAAAAAAAAAAAAUUAUACUCGAUACGGAUUUUUUAUCGACUACACACCGCACCACUAGCCCACAACAAGCAGUAAGGUACACAGUGACUUAUGAUAAGUCGUGCGAUGCGAUAUUGUGCGUAAUAUGUACUUAUAAUUAUCGAAUCAGGUUUUUCAUCGAAGUCUAUCCAUUUAUUA